AUGCUGGCUUUCAACAUGGCACAAGUCUGUAUGGCGUCUACGAAUAAUGCCACUGUAAGUCUCCAUUGUCAUACGAAUGCCAUAUAUACUAAUUUGGUCUGAAGAGGGCACCUAAUUUUUUCGAUGAAGGCAUUUUCGCGACGCUUCAGGAAAAAAUGACGUGGUAAGGGGGGACCAAGGUAAAUUUUUUAGAAAAAUUUAUUUUGAGUUACCAAAAAUGGGCUGGUAAAAGGGACCAAAGCGGAUUGUUUAAGAAUAGCCAUAUAUUUUUUUUUAACCUCAAUCCCUCACCAUAUUAUUUUUUUAGCAAGCAAAAAAAAGUCAUUCCGCCUUGGUCCCCCGUUACCAUGUCGCCUUUUUGACAAACCAAAAAAAUUUCUAAAAAAAUGCCUUGGUCCCUCCUCACCAUAUGAUUGUCUUGGCAAACCAAAAAAAAUCCAAAAAAUCCUCAUUGGUCUGUCAGAAAAAUCCAUCUUGGCUCCAAUUACCAUUUCGUUUUUCCAAAAAAAUCCGCCUUAGUCUCCCCUAACCAUAUCAUUUUUUGACGAGCAAAAAAAUUUUUUCAAGUAAAAAAAUCCAAAAAAUCCUCCUUGGUCCCCCCUUACCAUAUCAAUUUUUCCUCAAGCUUUGCCCUCUUCCUCCAGUUGCCCUCUUUGGCUCCAACGAAGACCUUAUGACUUGACAAUUUCAGCGGCUCAACACUUUCCCCUCGAUCGACUACACGCCUCGUCAAAUCUCGUACAUCAAUUGGGCUGUGGGAUUUGGGACAAUUUUCGCGACUUUUCCCUUCAGCUCACUGUACAAUCGCUAUGGCGCGAAAUGGCCCUUCUUCACGGCGGGGAUUUUGUCCUCCAUGGCCACGGCAUUCAUGCCUCAAGCCGCCGAAUUCCAUCUCUACGCAAUGCUGGGACUGCGGUUUGUGCAGGUGGGAAUGGGAUUUUUUGGAUAUAGAAAUUUGAUUAGUCUGUCGGGGAAAUCAUGAGGACUAUGUCGUUGCGCCAAUUGAUGCGUUGCAAUUCAUUUUCUCGGCACCGAUGCGAGUUUUAUCGAAGCGACAGAUUGCACAUUAUUUUCCCGACAGACUGAUAUCAAGCAUCGGUCUUUUACUCCGACAAAUCCGCUUUAUUUUCCCUGUGGAAUUUUACUGUCAAGAGCUUUGACAAGAAUGAAAUCAGUUGUUUUAGGGGAUCUCCUAUGCAGCCGACUUUGCUGCCGUUGGAGUGCUAUGUUCCAAAUGGGCUUCGCUGAAACAGAACGGAUUGUUCAUCUCUGUUUUGACAUUCUACUCGCCAUUGUCAUCGUUUUUCACCAAUUCGUUUGGCGGAAUGGUAAGAUCUUUAGUUUGUAUAUGUACUUUGCCAUAUGAUCUUACCCUGCCCCUUUAUUCACCUGAUUUAAGAUUUAUUUAAAAUUUUAAAUAAGGUUUAUCUAAAAAUCCCAUUUCAGAUCUGCGACUCCUCCUUCGGCUGGCCGAUGGUGUUCUAUGCGCAUGCAAUCGCCGGGAUUAUCAUCUUCGCGCUGUGGGUCAUCUUCUACAAGGACCGACCGCAACGGAGCAUGCGCGUGUCUGCUAUUGAGUUGGAGAAGAUUCAGCGAGACAAAACGGCCGCUCAGAUCUCCGGACACGGCACGAUUCCGUACAGGGUAAGGCUGACAUGGCUACAAGGCCGGGGUUUUGGUACUUCGAGGCCUCCGGGCCAGCCCCCGUCAAAGUAGAUCUUUUCGGAAAUUUUCGAAGCCCGGCAUUGGGGAUUUUUGAAGCCCGAUCCGGCUCUGAGCAUUUUCAGGCCCGGCCCCAUACAGAAUUUUUUUUUUGAAUAAUUUUGAAUUUCGAUUUUCCCGCCAUUUUGGCAAUUCUUUGGCAUUGUGUUUUUGGGGUGUGUUAUCGUUGCCAGAAACAUUUAGAACAGCAAAAUUUUUUUCGAUCCUUAUAGGGCCGCAAACAAGUCUUGUUGCAUAAUGCCAAGAACCCAAAAUUAGCAUAUCAAUUUUUCGUUUCAAAACAAAAAAUUUGUUUACUGAACGGGACCUGGCCUAAAAUUUUCAAUCUCGAGCCCGAAGCCCGGCCUCAAAAGAUAGGCUUGUUGGCCUAAGCCCGGCCCCAGAAAGCUCGGCCCGGCCCGGCUAUUUUCCAAAUUUUCUGAAGCCUGAUCCAGGCUGGGUUGGGCUGGGCCCUGCCAUAUCUGUGAUAGGAUAAUCACCCUAUUUUUAUAAUGUAAUCUCAACAAAUUUCUUUUUAGGCCCUUCUCACCGACCCCGUAAUCAUCGCUGUGUGGCUGAACGCUUUCACCGACAUUUUCUCCGCCAAUUUCUUGGCCAUCUACUCGCCAUAUUACAUACGAAAUGUUCUUCACUACAGUAUUAAGAAGACGGGCCAUUUUGCGGCACUCUCGCGAGUGGUUCAGAUCCCAUUCCGGCUGCUUUGCGGCUAUCUGAGCGAUAAGAUCAAGUGAGUUUAUAAGGGUCUAUUUUAAAAUACGUUGAAGAAAGUUUCGACUUUACAAAGUUAGAAGAUAAAAGUAUAAAAAAAGAUUAAAAUACGUCAGUCUUGACAAUAAAAAUCUUAAAAUUCAAACUUAUUUUUGUCUCUUUAGAUUCAUCAGCGAAGACAAGAAGCUGAUAAUUUUCAACACUGUGGCCGUGGCGUUGGCUGGCGUUUUCUACUUGUUGUUGGGCCUGGUGCCGACAGACGCUCCGUUCUGGGGAAUCGCGUUGUUCUCGUUGAUCAACCUGGUCAUUGGCGCUUCGCCGGGCGGCUUUUACAAGUGUGGAGUUCUUCAUGGAAGGUAGGAACUCAAAAAUUUUUAAUUUUUUUUAUUUUUUUUUCUUGCACUUUUGUUCUCUGUCUUCGGAAGACAGAAGUCUGAUUUCUGAUGUAAUGUGUAAACGUUGUUGCAGACAAUACAGUCAUUUCAUCAUCGCGAACUGUCAAUUCAUCAAGUGCAUCACGCUGUUCUUGGGACCUGCAAUGGUUGCGUUCUUUGUGCGAGAUGAAAGCAGCGCCUCUCAAUGGUUCGACAUCUUCUUGAUCACUGGCGUUUCGCUGAUCUUGGUAAGAACGAAUUACAGAAAGGCUAUGUAAAAAACGGUCUAAAAAAUCUCAAAAAUCGAAGGUUCAUUUUAUCAGUCUGUCGGGAAAAUAAUGAGCACUCUGUCGCAUUGAAAAUCGGGCCGCCAAAAAAAUAAAAAAAAAUGCGUCGCGGCAAAAUCAUUUUUCUUUUUUUUCAGCGACGCGAUUGGCGCAGCAAGUUAGUGCUCAAUAUUUUUCCGACAGACCGAUAGAAUUUGCAUAAAUUUUCAUGAAAUUCAUGACAUUUUUUCUCUUUCGCUGCAUUUUGAACCUUUUCCCACGCUCGUCGCUAACGCACAGUGCGCCUUUUCUUUUCGCACAGUGCAUAAAUUCAAAAAAUAGUCGUUUGCACUGUGCAAAUUUCUGGUCUCGUCGCAGCGACAUUGUCGAAAUUUGCCUGUGUCGCAGCGAUAUUUCAAAUGCACAGUGCGAAAAACAAGAAAAAAUGAGAAAUUCACAGUGCAAAAUGGGGUGUUUUUUGUGCACGGUGCGGGACGCGAAAAAUGUCCAUGCACUUUAUGAAAAUAAAUAUUAUAAAAAAAUAGUACUACUAGUCCUUCUGGAAAGUCGCUAGACUGAAAUCGGCGACACGUACUGUGCGAAACAAAAGUUUUCUUUGCACUUUGCAAUUUCUUGCUUUUUGCACUGUGCAAUCAGCUUUUUUCGGGUGUCGCUUGCACCCUGACUUUUUUCUUACAGUGCAAACGCCAAAAAUCACCCCAGCGACUUUGUAAACAGACUAGUAUGAAAAAUUGACUUUUUCAGUCCCAUCUAAUCUUCUGCAAAUUCGCCACCGUCGAGCCCGCCUACUACACCUUCGAAGACAACACGUUGCCGAAGAAGGAACAGAUCAUGACAAAAGACCUUGAGAAAGUGAUGGCUCUCGACGUGAAGCACGAUGACAGCGAUCGAAACAGCGACUCCGGAAUCAGCUCCAGCGAUGUUGAGGAGGCAAAGGCGGAAAAGAAGGGAAAACCCGAAGUUUAA